CAUGGAAAGAGUCAUUCCUCUCGCUCGCACUCUCAUGCUCUCUCCAUCUUAGCGCUCAUCCCGCCGCUGCUGCUGCUGCCUGCGCUUCUCUCUCUCUCUCUUUUUUCUCUUUCUCACCCCCCUUUACCUCACUGUCUAUCUGUCCCUCCCCUCUUCACUCUCCCUCUCCCUCUCUCUCUCUCUCACUGUCAUACACACACUUACAUACACUUAGACACACGCUCUUUCUCUCUCUCUCUCUAACACUAUACAUAAACACACACAUGCUCACACACACAUGCGCGUGCCCACUCAAUCCAUCAGAGCCCAACAUACCUGUGCAGGCUGGGGGGAGCGGUGCUGGAGGGGCUUUUCGGCAGCGUUGUCUCUGAGGGUGCUGCACGAUCAUUUGGGGGAAGAAGCGGGUCUCAGUUGUUUCCUCUUUCCUCUUCCUCUCACUCCUGGAAUGCUAAAACUGGACUGAUGGACAUUUCAGAACUUUGUCUUCCAGACCCUCUCAGCUAUCAUAACCAGGCUUUGUUGUCCAAUUCAUUAGAGAGAUUCCUGAGUCCACUGGCCACGCUGGAGCCCUCUCAUUUCUGGCUGCUGAAUAGAAUGGCCGCUGAUGAUCGGCACCUACCCUCCAGUUGUGGGUCCUACAUCAAGACAGAGCCGUCCAGCCCCUCUUCGGUCAUCGACACAGUCAGCCACCACAGCCCCAGCGGCAACUCAGACGCCAGUGGCGGCUAUGUCAGCACCAUGAACAGUCACUCCAACGGUCUGGACUCUCCACCAAUGUUCACCCCUAACGGGCUCGGGGCCGGCUCCUGCCGCAAGCGCUACGACGACUGCUCCAGCACCAUCAUGGAGGACUCUUCCAUAAAGUGCGAAUACAUGUUGAACUCCCUCCCCAAAAGGCUGUGCCUGGUCUGUGGAGAUAUAGCCUCGGGGUAUCACUAUGGGGUGGCCUCUUGUGAGGCUUGCAAAGCCUUUUUUAAAAGGACAAUACAAGGUAACAUAGAGUACAGCUGUCCUGCCACAAAUGAGUGUGAGAUCACAAAACGGAGACGCAAAUCAUGUCAGGCUUGUCGCUUCAUGAAAUGCCUCAAAGUGGGGAUGCUCAAAGAAGGUAAGAAGAGGGUUCGCCUGGAUCGUGUGCGAGGGGGCAGACAGAAGUACAAGCGGAGGUUGGACGCAGAAAACAACCCGUACCUGGGCUUGACGCUCCCCCCUCCCACCAAAAAACCUCUCACAAAGAUAGUGUCACACCUGUUGGUGGCAGAGCCAGAGAAGAUCUACGCCAUGCCUGACCCCACCAUGCCGGAGAGCGACAUCAAGGCUUUGACCACGCUGUGCGACCUGGCUGACCGUGAACUGGUGGUCAUCAUCGGCUGGGCAAAACACAUCCCAGGUUUCUCCUCUCUCUCUCUGGGCGAUCAGAUGAGUUUGCUGCAGAGUGCAUGGAUGGAGAUCCUCAUCCUCAGCAUCGUGUUCCGCUCACUGCCGUAUGAGGACGAGCUAGUGUACGCCGAGGACUACAUCAUGGACGAGGAGCACUCGCGGCUGACUGGCCUGCUCGACCUCUACGUCUCCAUCCUGCAGCUGGUCCGCAAGUGCAAGAAGCUCAAAGUGGAGAAGGAGGAGUUUGUCACCCUCAAGGCCAUUGCGCUCUCCAACUCAGACUCCAUGCACAUAGAGGACAUGGAGGCAGUCCAGAAGCUCCAGGACGCUCUGCACGAGGCCCUGCAGGACUAUGAGAGCAGUCAGCACCAGGAGGAUCCAAGGCGGGCGGGCAAGCUGCUCAUGACGCUGCCUCUGCUGCGGCAGACAGCCACCAAGGCUGUGCAGCACUUUUACAGCAUCAAGGUGCAGGGAAAGGUGCCCAUGCACAAACUGUUCCUGGAGAUGCUUGAGGCCAAGGUCUGAUGGGGUCACCAUGACUUCAGAAAGUGACUUGAACCAAGCCAGGAGACGGAGACCCCCACCCCACCCCCCAACUGACUGAGGCUGGACAGAGACCGACCUCUCUUCUCCUCCUGGAACCCAGGACACUGAAUAAAAAAAGAAGAAAUGCAAAACUUGGUUAUUAAUAUAAAUAUAAAAAUGAUGCAGAUUAAUUUAAAAUAUAUAAGAAAUACUAUGUACAGUAAUCAUUUUUUUUGUUUUUUGUUUACUGUCAGUGGUCAUGCUGUAUAUGAAGAAGGACCCGCUGCCCCUCAGCAUCUUCAGAACAAGUAGUUGCCAGAUCUAGAUAAAAGAAAACGUUUUUUCUUUGUAAGUUGUUCUGAAGACAGUCGAGGUGUUGACAUCCAUAAACAGACUCACACGUCUCAGCUGUGUUUUUGCCUGGACUUGACCAGGACAUGUAUAUAUUUAUUAAUGGAAGACUGAGUGUACAGUUCAAAGUCUGGUGACCUUGGUGGCCAUUUUCUCUUGUUCCUCCUGUAAAAAAAAAAAAAACAAUUACUAAAUGUGAACUCUUAUCAGUUUAAAUGUUCUUGGAUAUACCUCUCAGAGCAGUAAGCUGUGUGAUCUUUAUGGAUCUGUCUCAGACUGGAAGAUUUGCUGGUCCCAUGUUUAACCAAACUAGCAUAGGCAGGUACAGUUAGUCGUCUUAUUCUGUAGUAACUCAGCAAUAAAAGGGAGCUGUGGGGAAAACAGGCUUAACCUCCUAUAUGUCACAUGCUGUUCAAUGCUACUGUUGUUGUAAGGCCAUGCCUGUGAGUCCCACCAGUUUAACACACCACUGCACUGCUGUCACACACUCCUCCUCUCCCUGUGUUAGUGCUGUUCAUGCAACCCAUUGAACCCCAAAUUUGGUCAUUGUUUAAGCCCGUGUAAAAUUGCCCCUUGGCAUGCAAAUAGAUGACCUGAUUCACGCUAGGUGAAAGAUGAUCAGCAGGUUUGGCGUUGGCAGUAUCAAAGGAUUUAUGCCGUGUGGCAUACGUCCAGGAGAUUCCAUGUUCAAACAAUCAGAGGCCCAUAUGUCAACCGCUCUAUUUUGGGCCCCUUUAAGCCCGUAGCAGAGUCAUCCCACACACAGGGAGCAAGGUGCCCAGCAUCUGCUCUCACCAUUUUAGACAGCUCCCUUCUUUUAAUAGCUAUGCCCGUGUUUAUAGAGCUUCAACCAAACGGAGGUAAACGGCAGGUGCAGAGCGGGAGUGGUGGCACUCCAUACUGGGUUUAUUUUUAACCCAGCGGGAGGUUGUUGUCUGCGAGGCCUUCCUCCCUCUAGGAGUAGAGGAGACACGUGGAUCACUUCUUCUUGACCUCAUGUUGACACAGCGGCCGGUGCAGAGCAGAGUAACACCCACUCCUCCACACCGGCCAGGAGGAGGGCGGGCAUCUGUGAGGAGAGCUCGGGAUGCCCGAGCAUGCACAUGUGAAUAGCUAUGCAAGAAAUAAAGUGUCAGCAGCAACACAACAGUGUGUCAGUACAAGGUGUGAUCUCUGUUGGGAGGCACAGAUCUCCUCUCUGUGUUUAGCUCCAUGUCCACUGCGUUGGGUGUGAGUAAUACUGUAUUUUGCUCCACCCGUCUUCAUGUUGGUGGGGGGGGGGGGUGGGGGGGUGCCUAUACUACUGAAGGAUUUUAUGUGAUGUGAUAAAUUGUGGUGCUGUCACAACAUUAUGAUACUGUGAUCAAAGGAAUCCCUGACAUUGCAGUAGGGUUUAGUUGCCGACAUGCUUGCGAUAUCAAUGGCUAGCACUGAUCCUGCAGCCUGAUUGGCCACGUGACAGAGGCUGCCUAGACCCACUCCAGCACCCAAUUAUCCCAACUUAAACUAGCUGCUGUUCAAUUUACAAGCUCAACUGUAGAGGAUGAAGAUAUAACUCAAGUUAUUUGACUGUUGUGCAUUACAACAGGGACCAAUUCUGACUGAAACCAUGCUAAAAGCAUGCUUUUACUUAGAUUUGGGAGAAUUUGUGGGCUAUUAAAUGACAUAUUCUAAAUCCCUUUAAACCGGAAACAUGUAUUCUGUAAAUCAGAGGGAAUAUAUUUGAUUUGCUACUCUGAUAAAAUAAUAAUUUUGUGCUUGUUUCAAUUAAAGUGCAGAAUUAAUGAAAACUUUUGCAGAAAAUCUUUACAAUUAGAUUUUUUUAGUGGCCCACCAUGAGCAUAAGUAUCAUAAAUAGCUGGAGUCCUCUAACCUGCCUUUUUUUCUUUUUAACUUGCAAUAUGGCACUUUGUUAAGUAAAAGAGGACAUGUCUUACAUUACAAGCUGUGUUUUGAAGUGUGUAAAUAUAUAGGUGUCGAUACAGUAGGUUGCCCAAAUACCAUUGAAAAUUAAGUAUGCAGCGCCCUGCUGACUACUACCUCAUUAUCAUAUUGUCAAUAUUUCUCUUAUUCAACAAUCUUUAUCAUCCUCACAUGUGUAUGUGACAUACCUGAGCCAUCCAUGUUUUUAUCCAACCCACUGUUCCUCCCUCAGUGCUCCUGCCAAAACAUUUGUAAUUGUUGUUAUUGAUCUGUUCCCAUUCAUUAUUCAUUGAUCUGUUUGUUAAGGUAAAGCAUGCCUCGUGUCGAUCACAUGACUUGGCCAUCAGUGGGUGUGACCCCCCCUUUUUGGUUACGAAGCGGGUAUGUGUUUUUAUGAACAUCAGUGUGUCAGAAUUGGUCCCUUGAUGAUAAAUUGCAGACAGGGGCAGGUAACUGAUUUCCUGCGUCUGUGCUCUGACUAUUUAUGGUGUGAAAUAUAUCAUUUGGCAAUGGUGUACAUUGAUAUCUCUGAUUGUUAAUUCACCAAUAUCUGUGUAACUUUUACGUUUUGAUUUUCAAAAGGUAAAGGUAAAGGAUCAAUGAAUUAAAUACUCCCUGAACUCUGUGA